GGUGUUACUAUAGGCUCCUACUAUAUACUACUACAAUGUACUACUAUGAUAAACUACAAUGCUGUCAUUAUAAUAUUAUAUGUAUUGUUCACUUGUACUUGAACUUGUUCUUCCCACUAUGUUCAAUGUCUUCGUCUGCUCGUCUCAGUGUGGCAGCCGUGUGUUUGACGUGCAUUCUCAUUUCUUUUUUAUCUGAAAUUGCGCGACAUUGUCUGGGCCUCACACGACAUCUCUGAUGACGCAUGGAGCUUAAACCUUUUGCCUCCUUACCGCAGUAUGGACCCUCACUGCAGUACUUAACUUAACACUUAGUAACUGUACAGACUACUGUAAGACUAAAUGUAGUACUAUAUAGUAUGACUAUAGUAAUAUAGUAGUUCUAUACUACACGGAUUUCCUCAAUCUCUUGUGCACUCCCGUACUGAAUCUUAAACUCUCUAUCACACUAUUAAUCUCUAUUAUCAUGUGAAACACUCUAUAUAAGCUAACUAAGUAAUUUAGCUCAUAACUAACUCAUAACCAUCACUAACACUAUUCAUUCAUUACUUCUACUACCAAUUACAACUAAUCAAUUCUACUACCACUAAUAAUUAUCUAUCUAUACUAUGUAUACUUUGUAUACUUCCGACUUUCUCCUUUGUAGCAUCACAUGACCCCGACCACAUGAGCUGCCCCACUCAAUAUCAAUCUAC